AUGAGUAGUCACGUGAGCAGGCGUUUCUCAAAAAUAAUACCGAACUGCGCUGAUGGAUGGCAGGCACCUUUAAAGAACCCAGAAGAUCGUCAGAUCAAAGUUCACUGCAAUGGCGAGUUCUUAAGUGGCCCAGAGCAGAUCAGAGCUCAAUGGCGUCGAAAGGAACUAGUCGACCGCCAUCCCCUCGUGGCAGGAGUAGAGAUGGAGGGCGAAGGUGAGUGCAUGUCACUUUAGCUUUGAACAAUAGCGUUCUUAUACAGUUACUUCAAUUAACUUUGUCGUAUAAAGGUCUCAAGGCUACGCCUAGGCUGCGAGUAAGCUCUCCAUUUAGGGGAUAUCGUGAAAAGAAGACGCGUGAGGGGCACGCGCGAGAAAAGGGGGCGGCCCCUCGCGAAUCGCUUCGCUCGCCCAAAUAGGAGAGCCUGCUCCUACGUAGGCUAGCCUGCGCCACAAGGACACAAGGUUAUGUUGGUUGUUUAAGAUCCUUCAGUUGUAAUUCGGUCAUAAAGGUGCGACUAACAGUACCAUAGAGUGCUUUAAAAAGGCGCAGACGUUUACCUUCAUGGCUGGGAUGGAUUAAUAUUUCAGUAUAAAAUACCCUGGAGUCCAGUUUUGAGUACGCUAUGUCCGCUGAAUAAAAGAAGUGAAGACGCAAUUUUUACAGGGUUAGUCUCCACCAGAAGUAACUAUAUUCGCAAAUUCCAACGAGAAGAAGAUCUAUUUAUUACUCUGUUUAUUGUGUAUUGUAAUAUUCACACUCACUUGCCGAAAUUUGUGAAUAUUUUACUUUAUGCCGAGGCCAACGCUGCAUGAAUGUGUCGUUAAUGUUUGUAAGUUAGCGGUAAUUGUUAAUUCGAAAAAUGACUAUUAGUCGUUUUGCUUUGCAGUCUCAGCAGGUAGGCUUUUUGACACCUGUUGUGGGAUACAUGCAUGACUAAAAGAUUUUGAAAAAGUAUUGCAGGCGCCUUUUUUUUUAGAAUGAAGGGAGGAUGCGCGCCUACGACCGGAGAGAAGGCGUGAAGGCCGUCCUCUUCCCAGCCUUCGCGUGUUUUUUUCUCGCGCGCUCUAAAAAAACGGACCGAAAAAACUACCUGGCUCCUGCCACGUAGGCUAUUGAAAGAGCGACGAAAAUAUUUAUCUUGAAUACGUACAUCGUAAUUACUUUAAGUAUUAGCGGUUGGAUUUAUUGGAUAUUAGAUUUUUAGGUGUUUACACACUUGACUGCAAUAACUGAUAUACACUUGGCGCCAUUUUCGCGCAACAAUUAUAGAGUAAAAUUAAACAGGAGGCGCACAUGUAAUCGCUAAAAAAAGGGGGAACAUUUGUCUCUGUUGUUUUAAGUCUGAUUUGGGAUAGUCUGGAGACCUUCGAAACAAACAGCUUUCGAUCAAGAGUGCGGAGCUUUAUAGCUGCAAACUUGCAUAUACCUUAACGGAACUUCAACGGAAUUUUCGCUAAUAACAAUGAGGUAAUUGAAUAAAACAUAUUCAUUGUAAGAAAGAUUACAGUUGGUAAAUCAAAAGAAAGGGCGUGAAAAUCAUAAUCUGUACAUGUCGUACUUGGCUCUCGUCGGGGUCAAUUGCAUCUCUUGGUUUGGCGUUUUCUUGUCUCUGGUUGGUUUACUUCCAGGUUGUAAUCAGAAAAAAACAUUUUUUGCGAAAGUUAGUAAAAUCGUCAAAAAUUAUUGGAAUUUACACAUGCAGUUUAUACGCAAGGCAAUUAAUUCUUUAGUUUCUUUAAUCCGCAAGACUUGAUUUCCUAAAAAGGAUAUACUUCCUAAUUGUAUUCCAUAUUUCAGGUGUUUUCACCGCUGCACGUGAUUCUCAACUCGAGUGGCUCAUUGUUAAAGGGAUAGCUGAUUUUGCGGAUGGUGAGCAAGCGACUGCAGAAAGUUGGGAGGCCUGUGCUAGUAUGAUGGCAGCAUCUCUUGUCUCACACAUUUUAAGUGAUCCUAGUGUUUUCCGCACUCAUUACUCAGGUAUAAAUUCUUGUCAGUUUGGUGUGUGAUGAUUAGGCGCAGGGGUAAUGGCCGAAUUUGCCGUCAGUAAAAGAAGUCUUGAAUGUGUAUUGAGUGAGACAGUGCGGAAGUUUAGAUGCGAGAUCAGAAGGCUCGUCAAUAUUUUUCUUCCGUUUUACUAUUCCUUCUUCAUUGCCAAGCGGCGUGAAAUUAAGAGUUAGAAAGAAGCACUUGUGAGGAUUGGGGUCGUUACCUCAGCUUUUAGACGCUCAACUUUAAGUUUAGUACUUUGAGAGUUAGUUGUGCGUCUUUUCUGGUCAAAAAUUCAGAUUAUACAUUCUUUCCUUAGCUAUAAAUUGCGUAUCGACUAAGAGUAAGACAAAAAACGCUAAUGAUGUCUUUGGCUGAUUCUUUCAGUGGACGGUCUCUCUGAGGCUCAACACGAUAAUCCGAGGAAGCGGAAGCUAGGUGAGAACCAUGCAGGUAAUGUAAAAAACAUUCAAUUUUUAAAAUGUUCUUCUUUAUUUAAAGCUGACCUAUUCCACUCUUUGCUUCACUUUGGUUUUAAUGAGUCGCCCCACCAAUGCAAUCCGGGAAGUCUUUUGCUGGUGGAAUCCGGAAUUUUGGGUUUUGUAUUCUGGAAUUUAACUCUUGGAUUCCGGAACUCAUCCCCAGGAAUCCGGAAUCCCGCAGCAAUUAAAAUCCGUAAUCCAAACUCAACUGACAAGGAUCCAGAAUUCAGUAUCUGGAGUCCAGAAUCCACAGCGUGGAAUCCAGGAUCAAAGACUUUCUUGGAUUACCUUAUAUGGGGCGAAAUGAAAAAACAUUCAUCAUGAGACGCGUAGAGCGCUGCACAUGCGCCUGAUAGAGUUGACUUUAGGUCAAUUCAUUCUUUUGUACGUAAUCACAGUCUAUUAAAAGAAGGAAAUGUGCUAGUAAAUCCAUCCAACUCAACCUUCAAUAUGCUGUUCAGUUGUCGAUCUUCAGUCAGCUAUUUUGAUUAUCGUUCGAGGAGACCGCAAAUUAAUAUGGGUAAUUCCAUGUAAAAAUUAACUAAACCCUGAAGAAGGUAAACGUUUGUGACGUUUUAUACCAUUGAGUGGCACUUUAGUGUCAACCCCGAACUUGUGACCAAAUUACAAAGAAUUUACAGCUACCCACAUGACCUUGAGGUCUUAUCGAGUACGCGUGAGGCCUUUAAGUACGACAAUGUUAACUAAAAUAGAUAUACAUGAUGUUUCCCGCGUCUCAACCAACGAUUUUUCUUCACCAGGAGCUUUGUGCGACGACCAGAGCUCAACACCAACCAAAAGGGGAAUGUAUACUGUCAGUACCUCUCAGCAAACUGAAUCCACAAUCCAGCAGCAUCCUACAGGUAUCUUUCUCUAACAACGCAUGUUGAAAUUGUGACGCGUUAUAAGUCUAUAGUCAGUUUAUGGUUAGCAUCAUAUUAGUACAGCUAAGACUGUUCGAGGCUCCAAAAUAGUCGGGUCCGCGAAAUUGUGAAAGUGCGAACACGCUCCCUUUUCCCCAGAUGACAGGUUCAUAUUUCCGCGUGCCUUUCACUUAGGUGCCAUCCCUACUAUCUGAGAGUCUGAAACAGGCUAGUACAGUUUUUGACGCGACUAACAGCAAUACACUGUACCCCUAAAAUGCUCAAAAUGGUUCGGUAUGGUAAAGUUUUCUAUUUUAAUAAGGCUUCAUUGUAUUCAGGGAAAACUAUAGACACCAAACAGCUUAGCCUGUGUACAGACGUCUCCCCUCCCUCAGAAAAAAAUCGGGGGACGUCUGUACACAGGCUACAAACAGCUUUGUUUUUGCGUUUGUCACUCAACCAACAGAGAGUGAAAACGGAGUGAUACUGAAUAGAGUGACUAAUUUGCGUGUGGGGCUCGCGUGCGACACACGCCAAAAAUGCUCGUCGUCCACGGUGCUCUGUGUCUUAGUAGCAGCGUUUAAUUUUUUGAAAGAAAAAGAAACUGUUUGGCAGUCUAGGAAAAAAAAUGAGCCGAUCACAAGCCAUUUCAACAUAAAAAAUAGACCCUCCCACGUACUUCAACUGUUUUGAUUGCGACCAUUUGAAAAAAUCCGUCAACACCACUGGAAAGAACACACUAAAAUCACUUAAGUUGCUAAGUUAAAGUUAGUGUGAUUUGUUGAAAACUAACCAAUGAAUAUAGCUCCAGAAAGUCGCGAAGUUUUACAGACGUUUCUAUGGAAAAGAGCAAGUUCAUUUCCUCCAUACCAUACUUGUUUGAUGAAGAAUAUCUUCUGUCGCUCAACCUACCGUGUGGCACGAAAUUUUCGCGGGUUCUAAUUUUUACAAUUUUUUCAGCGAUCCGCAAAAAUAGUUCCCGCAAAUAAAAAUUACCGCAAACAUUUUCCCGCAAGAAUUUUCUCCAGAGUAAAUAUUCUCUAACUUUAAUUCGCUACACAAAGAAAACAGUGCUAAGAAAUCGUGUCUGUUCAAUCACAACUUGUCUCUUUCAUUCAGAAACAAAACGGUAUAUAAUGAAAUACUGGUUUAUUUGUUUGAAAAUAUCUAUUUCUGUUGCACGUUCUCACUGAAAACGAAAAUUUAGAAAAUAUUAUCAAUGCUGGGUACUGGGUACUUUCAGAAAACCGCAAAAAGUAAUUCCCAGCAAGAAAAACCACUCUCUAAAAGGCUUGACACUUCUUCUCGUACAAACCCAAAUGAUCCUCGUUUUGACGUGUUUUUCAACAGUUCAACCCUUCCACAGCUGUCUCCACACCAAGCUGACAGCUGCGACGGUCUUUUAACAAAAGUAGAAUGUUAUGCCUGACUUAAAAGUUUUUCCAAAGGCAAGUCUCCCGGUACGGAUGGCUUAACUGCGGAGUUUUUUUUUUCCUUUUGUAAGUUAUUAGGGCAAGAAUUAGUUGACAGCUUUAAUUAUGCUUUUGAGAAGGGUGAAAUGCCUAUUUUUUAAAAGAGAGGUAUCAUCACUCUUAUUCCAAAGAAAGACAAAAACAGGUCUCUUUUGGAUCAUUGGAGGCCUAUCUCGCUUCUGAACACAGACUAUAAAGUUGCCACUAAGUCAAUCGCAGUAAGAAUUGCGAAAAUGCAGCUACCCAGCCUUAUACAUGAGGAUAGACGGGAUAUAUCAAAGGCCGUUUUACUGGUCAAAACAUACCUUUUUUAGCAGACAUUACAGAGUGCACAAAAACGCUAGAAAAUCCAGGUAUAGCGUUGUUCUUAGAUUUCAAAAAAGCCUUUGACACUUUAGAGUGGAACUUUAUUAAAAAGGCUUUUAUAGAGACGUUUAAUUUCGGCCCUUCUUUAAUACAGUGGGUCAAUACUAUUUAAAGCAAUAUUCAAAACUGCGUUAUAGAUAUUGGUUAUGCAACGUCGUUUGUCGAAUUAGAGCGCGGUAUAAGGCAAGGCUGCCCGCUUUCUGGUGUACUCUUUGUAAUUGCUGUUGAAAUUUUAGCAAAUUCAAUAAGAAACGACAAAUUGAUAACGGGUAUAAAUGUCAAAGGCAGGGAGUAUAAGUUAUCUCAAUACGCGGAUGACACCUCAUGCUUGGUGCGCCACGGAAAGUCAGUUGAAAACCUUUUCGAGAAGUUAGAGGCUUUUAGAGGGCGUUGCGGAUUAGAGCUGAAUAGAUAAAAAACGGAGGCAUUGUGGUUGGGAAAAACUAGACCACAAUCGACAAACCUUUUCAACAUAAACUGGCCCACGAAGUGCGUUUGUCUAGGCGUUUCUUUCUCAUGUGAUUCGGAAGCUUCAACAAAAGAUAACUUUGAAAUAAAGUUUGUCGCCCUGGAAAAGUGUCUUAGCGUCUAGUCCUCUAGAGAUUUAGCACUCUUUGGAAAAAUAACCAUUAUCAAAAGUUUAGCUCUUUCAAAAAUAAUUUUCAUUUCCUCUGUUCUCAGCGUUCACACUGGUUUUGUCGAUCAACUGAACAAAUCUCUAUCCAACUUUAUAUGGAGCCACAAACCACCCAAAAUCAAGCGAACCACAAACCACCCAAAAUCAAGCGCUCAACAACGAUUGGAAGGAUAAAUGACGGCGGACUCAGCAUGCCUUAUUUCGAUAUAAUAGAUAAAUCUUUGAAGGCAGGGUGGGUGAAACGUUUUUUAGACCCUCAAGCGCAAUCUUGGAAGACAAUACCGUUUAGCCUUUUAGACAGUGUGGGUGGCCCGUUGUUGUUUAAAUGUAAUUGUUCGUUAAGAACUUUACCCGAGCUCCCUCUCCUGCCGCUUUUUUACCGAGUCGUUCUCAGUGCUUGGGAGAGCAUAUCCAAGCACACAGCAAGGACAAAGAACGAAAUCAAAAAUGAGAUCUUUUGGAAUAAUCAUGAAGUCACUAUCGGCGGCAAAUCUGUUUUUUUGGUACGAUGCUGGCGUAACGACCUUGCCAGACAUCCUAGACAAGGAAGGAAAGUUCUUGACGUUUACAGAAUUCAAGGAGAAGUACAAAAUUAACACAAACUUUCUGUGCUGUAUUGGCUUGUGUAAAAAAAUACCAAAGCAUUGGAGGGAAGUCUUUAGACGUGAUAAGGAAAAUGACUUGGUAGUUUCGGAUGAGUCAGUUCAGCUAUUUAAGAACUCACCUCCCACUUGCCGGCAAGCACGCGCGUUUUAUGUAUCUAAAACUUUCCAAAAACCUACAUCAGAAGUUCGUCUUGUUGAGGCUGGCUUCACAGAUCAGACUUUUGCGGCAUUAUACGUUCUUCCAUUCAAGCUGACAAAAAACAUAAAGCUUUCUAUGUUUCAGUUUAAAAUAAACCAUCACAUCCUAUACACUCGCGACAAACUUUUCAAGGCCAAAAUUACUGACCGUGAUUCCUGUCGUGUGUGUAAAUUGAAGCAGACCGUAGGGUAUCUGUUUGUAGAAUGCCAGCAUGUCCACUUCUUCUGGAACCUUUUUACCUGAUGGUGGAACGAUAAUAACUCGCCCUCAGUGUCCUUGACCAAUAACGAUAAGAUUGACGGAUAUAUCGCUGAGAAUCGAUCCCUCUAUACGUUUAAUCCUUGCUUGAUAGUUGCUCGUUUUUAUAUCUAUACCGCAGCCAAAGAAAGCGAACCAUAUAGUUCCUUAGCCUUUAAAGCUUUUCUGAAAUAUAUAAAUUAUUUAUAGAGCCUUCAAGUGUCCCUGAAUCCUUUAGCCUUUAGCCGCAAACGAGCUCGAGUUGCUUAGUUAUUUCAAUCUGUUAUUUGGUUAUUUUUUUAAUUUGUCUGUUUAACCAUUCAUUUUUUGUAAUUAAUAAUUGCAACAUCCUGUAAAAAAAACAAACGAAAGAAAUACCACUCUGUCCAAAAUCGCAAAAAUUAGUUCCCGCAAAACGCAAAAAAUCGGCAAUCCGCAAAAAUAAACUCCUACAAAAUUUCGUGCUAAACGGUAUGUUGGGUUAUAAAAAUAUUUCUUCACAUAAUUCAUGCUUCUUCUUAGGAUUAAGAAUCAUUAUAGGUAUCCCAAAAAGGUCUAUGACUCGUUCGUUGUGCAACAUUACAAAAGCAUAAAAGCGUAUCGUAGGCGAUAUACAGAGCGUGGACAGCUCGUACACUGUGUGACAGUGUUAUAAAACCAAAUCGAUCUUAUUUUUAGUAUCUUGUAUUUCCCAGGGGACGUUGUGCAACAUUACAAAAGCAUAAAAGCGUAUCGUAGGCGAUAUACAGAGCGUGGACAGCUCGUACACUGUGUGACAGUGUUAUAAAACCAAAUCGAUCUUAUUUUUAGUAUCUUGUAUUUCCCAGGGGCGCCAAGUAUCAUAGAAAGGAUUCGUCAGCUUUACAAACGUCGUGAAGGACGGCUGGUACCAUUUCCAUGGUGUGAUGACUUUAAUUUCAACCUAAAUGAGAUUUUCACCCGACUGAAGAUCGUUAACAAAGAAAAAACCCGAGGAACAUUGACCGAUGAUGAAAUCACCAACAUGACUGCUAUCUUUAGACCCCACCCUGAUUGCCAGAAACCACGGAUUCUUUUUAUCGAAGGAGAACCUGGCAUGGGAAAAACCACCUACUCACAAAAACUGGCCUAUGACUGGGCAAAUAAACAAGAUGAAUGGGACACGUCUUUUCCAUCAAUUGAAGUGCUGCUCUUGCUUAGAUGUAACGAUGUUAAAUCUGGCAUCUGGGAAGCUAUUGACGAUCAACUUCUUCCUGAUGAUAUUGACAAAGAGGCUAAGGAGAAUUUUUUCAAAUACAUCCGAGAAAAUCAGGCCAAAAGUCUGUUACUGCUUGAUGGAUUAGAUGAGGCAGAUUCCUCUAAACUGGACAUGUACUACUCGCUCGUUCACAGUAAACUCCUCCCAGCUUGUCACAUUGUUAUUACAUCUCGUCAUGAGGUUGGAAAGAAAGUAAGGCCGUCCUGUGACACCCUGUGGGAGAUUGUAGGAUUUACUAAAGAGGAUGCGGAAAGUUUUAUCAGAAAGUAUUUUAAAGGCAAGGAACAUUUGGCUGAGAAGCUGAUUAAACAAUUGGAACUUCCAGAGUAUGAGGAUGAUGAUGAUGAUGAUGACGACGACGACGACGACUAUGAUGACGAUGAUGAUGAUGAUGACGACGUCGACGACGACGACGACGACGACGACGACGACGACGACGAUGAUGAUGAUGAUGAUGAUGAUGACGAUGAUGAUGAUGAUGACGACGUCGUCGACGACGACGACGAUGAUGAUGAUAAUGAUGAUGAUGAUGAUGAUGAUGAUGAUGAUGAUGAUGAUGAUGAUGAUGAUGAUGAUGAUAAACAUUCUCUUAAAACGCUAGGCGAGUUAACAAAAAAUCCACUCAAUACAGCUUUACUCUGUUGUCUUUUCGAGGAUUUCGAAGGUGUUCUUCCAACAAGCAGGACUGCGUUGUACGUUGAAAUUGUUGUCUUUGUUUUGAGAAGAUAUGAAGAAAAAAACAGACUUAAAAGCAGCAAUAAAGACUUGAUUUCAGGUUAUAAGAAAGAACUUUUCCUUUUGGGCACCUUCGCGUUAGAAUCCCUUCUUAAAGGAGAGGCGUACUUUGAAAAGGAGGAAGAUACCGUCAAGCUUAUCAAUUUUGGAUUCUUGUCUUUUCAACAAGGUGGCACCAAGCGCAAACCUUGCAAGCGCUUUGCAUUUUUACACAAAAGCUUUCAGGAGUUUUUUGCUGGCCUUUUCCUUGCGUUUCAAGUUAUGAGCAGAGAAAGAGACUUUACCUCAGUUGUGGAUGAUGAGAGAUACUUGGAUAAACUGAGACAGGUCUUUUUGUUCAUGAGUGGCAUCAUAGCCUCACGGAGUGAGGAAACUGCAGUGUCGUUAUUUAUUGUCAUAGCUAAAAAAAUCAGCUCUGCCGAAGACCGUAAAUCAUAUAUGAGGUUAGCCUGUGAGUGUUUGUUGGAAUGUUCAAGUGUUAAGGAAAGCCUUAAAACUCGCUUAGUUUGUAGUUUAGGUGAGCACCUUGACAUUUCGUCCCUGACUGAAGUGAAUUUUCGCCGAACAGGGAUACACGAUGCUGGUGCUGCUGCGAUUUCCAUGGCCCUCGCAGCAAACUCCUCCCUGACUAGUUUGGAUUUAAGGGAUAACAGUAUCGGCCACGCCGGUGCUUCUUCUCUUUCUCUUGCCCUCACAGCAAACUCCUCCCUGACUAGUUUGGAUUUAAGGAUUAACAGUAUUGGCGACGCCGGUGCUUCUUCUCUUUCUCAAGCCCUCACAGCAAACUCCUCCUUGAGUAGUUUGAAUUUAGCUGGUAACAGUAUUGGUGAGGCCGGUGCUUUUUCUCUUUCUCAAGCCCUCACAGCAAACUCCUCCCUGACUAGUUUGUAUUUAAGGGAUAACAGUAUCGGCGAGGCCGGUGCUUUUUCUCUUUCUCAAGCCCUCACAGCAAACUCCUCCCUGACUAGUUUGGAUUUAAAGGAUAACAGUAUUGGCGAGGCCGGUGCUUUUUCUCUUUCUCAAGCCCUCACAGCAAACUCCUCCUUGAGUAGUUUGAAUUUAGCUGGUAACAGUAUUGGCGGGGCCGGUGCUUCGUCUCUUUCUCAAGCCCUCACAGCAAACUCCUCGCUGACUAGUUUGGAUUUAACUGUUAACAGUAUUGGCGAGGCCGGUGCUUCUUCUCUUUCUCUGGCCCUCACAGCAAACUCCUCCCUGACUAGUUUGGAUUUAAGUAAUAACAGUAUUGGCGACGCCGGUGCUUCUUCUCUUUCUCAAGCCCUCACAGCAAACUCCUCCUUGAGUAGUUUGAAUUUAGCUGGUAACAGUAUUGGCGAGGCCGGUGCUUCUUCUCUUUCUCAAGCCCUCACGGCAAACUCCUCUCUGACUAGUUUGGAUUUAACUGUUAACAGUAUUGGCGAGGCCGGUGCGUCUUCUCUUUCUCUGGCCCUCACAGCAAACUCCUCCCUGAAUAGUUUGGGUUUAAGGAGUAACAGUAUUGGCGACACCGGUGCUUCUUCUCUUUCUCAAGCCCUCACGGCAAACUCCUCCCUGACUAGUUUGGAUUUAAGGAUUAACAGUAUCGGCGACGCCGGUGCUUCUUCUCUUUCUCAAGCCCUCACAGCAAACUCCUCCUUGAGUAGUUUGAGUUUAGCUGGUAACAGUAUUGGCGAGGCCGGUGCUUUUUCUCUUUCUCAAGCCCUCACAGCAAACUCCUCCUUGAGUAGUUUGAAUUUAGCUUGUAACAGUUUUGGCGAGGCCGGUGCUUUUUCUCUUUCUCAAGCCCUCACAGCAAACUCCUCUCUGACUAGUUUGGUUUUAACUGUUAACAGUAUUGGCGACGCCGGUGCUUCUUCUCUUUCUCAGGCCCUGACAGCAAACUCCUCCCUGAAUAGUUUGGAUUUAAGUAAUAACAGUAUUGGCGACGCCGGUGCUUCUUCUCUUUCUCUUGCCCUCACAGCAAACUCCUCCCUGACUAGUUUGGAUUUAAGUAAUAACAGUAUUGGCGACGCCGGUGCUUCUUCUCUUUCUCAAGCCCUCACAGCAAACUCCUCCUUGAGUAGUUUGAAUUUAGCUGGUAACAGUAUUGGCGAGGCCGGUGCUUCGUCUCUUUCUCAAGCCCUCACGGCAAACUCCUCUCUGACUAGUUUGGAUUUAAGUGGUAACAGUAUUGGCGACGCAGGUGCUUCUCUCUUUCUCAGGCCCUGA